AUGGCUACUGUUGCUAAUUUGGAGAAGUUGCUAGAACUCGUGCGGGUGGCUCCGCAGAGGUUUGUGUCCAGGGCGCCCGCGGUGGCUCCCAUAGGUUCCAGGGCGACGUUUGGGGGCACGCUUGUCGCGCAGUCGUUGCUUGCCGCGUUGAACACGGUCCCGCAGCGGUUUGUCCCCACGUCGCUCCACUGUUACUUCAUAGAGGGUGGGGAUCCAGCGCAGCAAGUGCAAUACGCGGUAGAGACGUUGCGGCGUGGCGGACAGUUCAUUCAUGCACAAGUACGCGCGUACCAGGAGUCUGUGAAGCAGCAGCAGCAGCAGCAGCAGAAGCGGCAGAGGCUGAUAUUCACGUCUACGGUGCUGUUCUCGUCGAAGAUGGAGCACCCGCAUGCGCGUGUGGAGGCUGCACGGCUCGACGAGCGCGGGACCCGUGGUGUGCCACAGGAGCCUGUCGUGGACGCCGCGGUGCUGUAUGAUGAGGAGGUCGUCGCCCAUGGGGAGGACUUCCCCGCACUACGGGGGAGGUUCCCACACCAGCGGACGUACUUUACUAGUCAGCCGAUGGAGUACCGGUUCCCGCGAGGGUUCUUCCGGUCGCAGUCCCCUCACGAGUCCCUCGAGUACGAGGUCCGGCUGAGACGCGAAUCCCUGCACAUUACAGCGAGGGAGACGGAGAACCCGAACGACGAGCUGAUCACGCCAAGGAACGACCCACGGUACCACUACGCUGCGUUUGCGUACCUCUCGGACGCGUACCUACUGCUGACGGUGCCGUACUUCCACGGGGGACCGCUGUACUCGCACACGUUCAGCGUCUCGCUGGACCACUCGAUCUACUUCCACCAGCAGCCGCGCGUCGACCGCUGGCUACUGUUGCAGAUGCGCAACCCGCGCUCGCAUAGCGACAGACACCUGUUGCAAUGCGACCACUUCGAAGCGGAGAGUGGGACCAUCGUCGCGAGCGUCUCGCAGGAGGGGCUCGUCGUGUACCCGCAACAACAACAGCCCAAACCAAGACCGAGACUGUGA